CAAUCCGCGUACAACAAAAACCGAGAAGCAACUCCGGAGCAUUUCUCCUUUCCUCUUUUCAAAAUGUCCACCUUAAAAGAGAUCCUAACCCGCCCCCCGGUCGCCGCGACGAUCUGGCUCACGGUACCGGGCGGGGCGGCCCGCCCAGCUCCUUCGGUCGGGCCGGCCCUAGGUCAAUACCAGCUCAACCUCAUGGCGUUCUGCAAAGACUUCAACGCCUAGACCUAAAAAUACAAGCCUAAAACCCCAAUGUCCAUCACCACCACCGCCUUCAAAGACAACACGUUCGAAUUCACCGUCAAAUCCCCAUCGGUCACGUGGUACCCAAAGAAGGCCGCUGGGAUCAAGUCGAGCAACAGCCGGCCCGGCCAGACCGUCGCUUCCACAAUCACACUCAAGCAUGUGUACGAGAUCACCAAGGUGAAGCAGUACGUUCAUUAUUGCCAAUACAUGCCGUUGGAGUUCAUCUGCAAGUCAGUGAUUGGGACUGCAAACGCGAUGGGGAUCAAGGUCCAGAAGGAGCUGGAUUGAUGGUGGGGAUUGAUUGAUGAACAGUGAUGUCGAUUUCAAAGUCAAGUCAUAUUUAUGUGUAUUUAUGUGUUUGACAAACAAAAGAAUCCAAGAGCUGACUCGCUUUUGCACGCUGAGAUCAAUCUAAGGCCAUGACAAUGCCAAGAACAGCCACCUAGUGACUUCUCUAUUGCUCAGUUCCGGUUUCUGGAGCGACUACUUGUCGUCCAUGGGCACUGGUGCUAUAAGAGGAUUACCCAUGCAUGCUGAGAUCAAUCUAAGGCCAUGACAAUGCCAAGAACAACCACCUAGUGACUUCUCUAUUGCUCAGUUCCGGUUUCUGGAGUGACUACUUGUCGUUCAUGGGCAUUGGUGCUAUAAAAGGAUUACCCAAAUGGUAAGAACUACAGAAUCCCUUCUUUCUCUGCUUUCACUCAACACAAAAUUGUAUAUUUAUAUGGGUUGCAUGGCUAAUUCGUACUCGUGGAAACUACAUUGCAUUCAGAUCUGCUAUUUCUUUUAUAAGAAUAUUUUAUUUUGCAGUGAUUUUAU